AUGGGGGCCCUAUUCUUACUAAUAAUUGCUGCCAUACUUCUAAGCUUUGGAGAAGGUUCUGGCAGGGAUUCUAGUGGCACUAACCCAGAUCAAGUUCUCUUUCAUGGAAUCAUUCCUGUUUUAGUUGCUUCUGUGCUCUCUUGUCUGGCUUCUUCUCUCUGUCAGAGGGCUUCUCAGGUGAAGAAACACAACUCAUGCUUAAUGACUGUGGAAAUGUCUAUAGUUGGAAGCCUGUCAGUGGGUUUCUUCUCUCUGUCAGUGGGCUUCUCAGUUGGAAGCCCGUGCUUAUUGGCAAGUAUGUCUAAGUCUCCAGAUGGAGAAGCCAUCAGACAGCAUGGGUUUUUUCAUUGA